GCUGGUCGCAGCAGAGGGUUCAGAGCCUCGCUUCAUGAAGGAAGAAGAAGAAGAUGAAGAGAGCAGUGAGGAGGAGGAAGAGGAACUGAGUCCUGAAGAACAAGCCAAAAAGACGCAUUUUCAGAUGAUGAGGAAGAUGCACUACAACGAGGGCAUGAACAUCAAGCUGGCCCGCCAGCUCAUUGCCAGCGAGCUAGAAGAAGAGAACAUGCAGAGGAAGAGAUGAGGGACGAAACGGAAGAGACAAGGGAGGACGCAGAGGAGACGGAGGAGAUCAGUGUUGACCCGCCACAGGAAGGUGAUUCUCUGGACUCGUAGAUGAGGCCUGUCUCCCACCUUCAGCCCUGUGUGUCGGCUCAAGACGGGCGAUUGCCGCUGCGCUCUGUGUUUUAACGCUGGGCCGUACAGCAGAAACCGCUUCACCACCCCGUAUAACAACCCUCAACAGCCAAUAACCUCCCGGUCACCUGUCUGUCUCUACUAUUCCUUAGAACUGUGCAAUAUAACCUUCAAACGCACUGUUUUUUAACUCCCAGAAUCAGUAAAAAAACACAAGUGAAGACUGUUGCUCCUGCCUUCUCCUCCUCCUCCUCCUCCUCCUCCUCCUCCCUCUCCUGUUGCCAAGAAUUCCCCGACUUCCCGCCUCCUCCAGACUGGCUUCGCACUGAAGAAUAUGUGAUUCUGACCCUGUAAGGAGGAUCAAGGCCUUUUUAAGAAAACAAAAAAAACUGCUGGAUAACCAGAACUCCCGUCUUGCCGCUCCACAGGCUCCAGGCCACAGAGCCAGUACGUCAGCCCUGGAGGAAGCUAGGGGAAACCCCACGGCCUCACUAAAGGCAUAUCUGAGGCAUGACGACGGCGCUUAUACUGGGUGCACUUCAGACGGCUUUUAUUUCUGCUUUGCUUUGUGACCCACCACUCUGUUGCAUUUCCUUUCCUCCUUCAGAACGUUUUGUGGUAAAAGUUGGACACCGUGAUGACCAGUUCGGUUGUUUUCUUUGUCUUUGUCCCCAGUAGUUUACCUGGUAACUCAGGUUACAGGUUAUUCAUAUUGACAUAAUGGUGUUAUGAUCAUUUAGGAGCUAUAUAUUGGUCUAAUAGUACAAGACAACGCAACCUACAUAAUCUAAAUUUCAUUAUAGUAAAAAAAAAAAUCUAAAUUUUACAUCAUACAACCAACAUUACAUACUGUUAAGUGGCAUGUACGCUUUGAUGCUUGCAGUCAACUGUAUGGCUUUUUGCUUAAGAGCAAGUAAAAACAACACAGAUUGUAAGUAUUGGCACUUUGCUCCAGGACCUCUUAUUUACGUUCUGUCACAAGCAAGAACACCACACAAAACCUCAGUUCAAACUGUGGAAAUUAAAAAAAAAAAACCUGUAUACCUCAUGGAACCAGACUGUAGGCCUUUUUUUUUUUUUUUCCAAAUGAAUCCCCUGAUAAAAUUGGUAUGUAGGUUGUCCAUCAAGAGGCACUUCUUUCAGCUGAAACUCUAAAAUUGACUUGUAAUUGCUGCUGCUCCUGCACUUCGGUUUGUUUUGUGGAAGAAGUUUGCAGGACAAAGCCGGUAAUCGUUUUCAAAAAUGCUCAGCGAAGAUGAGUCAGGCUCCCCCCCCCCCUCCGUGUUUUUCCUGGCAAUAGCAGUAAGGUACUGAAAUUGGCUCAUAAGACAUUUGUAUCUCUUUAGAGGGACAGUAUUGCAGUCCCACAUCGAGGUAUAGCACGUGCUACUGAUAAACAGGACAGUGUCCCGUCUUUAACAAGCUACAGCUUCCAGCACCAGGCUCCGAUGUAGAUCUGACGAAGAACAAAACCAGUGCUCACUGUGCUCUCGCUUUAAUGACUCGUGUAUUUAACGUACAACUCAUUGCGUGGGAGCAUCACCAGUUUAUGUGAGGGAAUUCCUUUGAGGAAGGUACAAUCAUUUUGUUUUUGUUUUCUUCAUCACACUAUUAUUUAAUGUCGUCCGAUCUACUUAAGUGUCUUGUGCGACGCAGCUUGGGAAUGUCAAAGAGGUGUUAUCGAUGCUACUGAUUUAAGUUAGAUGUUGGCGGUGGAGUUGACCACUAAAGCUUAUUGGAGGUGUUUUCAAGAAUUAUUAUUAUUUUUUUUUUAAUGUCUGGGGUUCCUGUAAGUUUUAAGGGAGUUUCUACCAAGUCUUAAAAAAAAUGUUGGAUUUGACAAAGGUUCUGUGGAAGAAGACAAUAAUUCUGGUUCGACCAAAAUUGCACUGUUAAAAGUUUGUAAGUAUCCCUCGUGUACACUCACUGUAUGAGUGGAGAACUGAAUGCCCUGAGAGAAAAGUACACAGGAACCCCGAGUAUGUCUUGUGUUGUGAUCUCUUCAUUUUCUUCGGACCCUUUAAUGCCUCACUGUGAUUGAAAGUAUUGAAGUCUGUAUUAUAGAAACACAGAAGAUCACAGACCAACGGUAUGACUUGUGCAAACGUCCCUUUGCAGAGUUUUUGUUUUGUUUUUCUUCUCGUAGUUUAGUAUUUGGUGGCGUUUUUCUCUCCAUCAUAGAGGUUAAAGCAACUUGGUGAUCACUUCCGCCAACCAACAAGCUCACAUCCGAGCAGUGAAUUAUCACACGGUUAGUGCAGAGAAACUGUUAACCAGAUAGAAAAGUAACAACUGCAGACACGUUGAUGAUAAUAGUUUAUUUUCUCACUUUAGACAAAAGGACAAGAUUGUCCAAAACACACGACUGACAUGAUACUGACUGACACCCCGUCGGUGGUCAAAUGUGCCUCUUAUGUAUUUAUGUACAUGUGUGUAAAAUGAAAAGGCUAUGCUCCACGUUACUAUUCUUAUUUUUUCUUUGUGCCGUUUUUCUUUCACCUCACGUGUCCAUCGUCUCGCUUUUUGUUUUUUGCGCCACUUUCUGCCCCGUGUGGUUUGUUUUUCUAAGGAUGACAGACUGUUACGCAGUCCUAAUGACUCUGCAGUGUGUGUGUCUGACUCAAAAUGACAUGGACGUCAAAUCCAUGUGUUUUGUAUUUCCAGUUUGCAUGUUCUCAUCCAUCGGUUCUGUUUUUGUCUCCCACCAUUAAACAAAUGUUGUUAGGAA